AUUUGAUACAGCACUUCGGAACGGUGAUGUGAUGGAAAUACGACGCGUAUCGAUAAAUAGUAACGGCACUAUCCGUGCUAUCAUCAAUUUUUCACUUCGGACAUUCUGUGAUGAUUCGGAUUUCAAAAAUUUUCCAAAUGAUAUGUACAAGUGUUGUUAUCAAAUCGAACCACAUAUUAAUCAGGGUGGAAUAGAAUUUGUCGCCUCAGGUCGACCAGUUUUCACGGAUGCAAAAUAUUUCCGUGAUAAUGGUUGGUACAUUUCCGGUAGCACACCGGAUAUUCAAAUAAUGCAAGAUUCACAGAUUCCACAGCUUGGUUUUUGUUUAAAUUUAAAACGUUCCGCAAAAUCUUUAUAUAUCGAAUUAUCGUUACCCAAUACAAUUACAUCAAUUCUUUUUCUUUUAACACCUUUGCUUGGACAAAUUCAUCUGCAAAUAUUUGCAAAGAUGUUUGUACUUUUUCUUCAAUUCUCAACACUUCAACUCUUUUCCGCACUUAUUUCACCACAUCUCGGCUCCUCAGCUUCAACACCAACUAUAUUACGAUUUUUGGAAUUUGCUACAAUAAUUAAUAUAUUCAGUAUAUCUAUAUCCAUUAUAUUAUGGAUGUGUAGUAAAAUACGUCGAAAUCUUCCACCAUGGAAUUGGCUUAUAAGGACAUCCGAGCUUAUCAAUAGAUGUAUUUGCGUGUUUAAUUCAACGGAUAAUUGCAUAUCACUGAAUGAAAAUGAUAAGUCAUCCGCGACAAGUAAUUAUCAAGAAGAUUGGACGAAUGCAUUCAUUGCUAUCCAUGGCGUUGCCGUAUGCUUCUUAUCAUUUAUCUUCAUUCUUGGCUAUUUAAUGUUAUCAUAA